AUGCAGGUCCCGGCGGCCGCGGAGCGGAACAAGGGCCCGAUCCUGGCGGUGCUGCGGGAGUGCGCGGGGCCGGGCGCGGGGCCGGGCGCGCUGCGGGUGCUGGAGGUGGGCGCGGGCUCGGGGCUCCACGCCGCGCACUUCGCGCGGGCGCUGCCGCAGACGCGCUGGCAGCCCUCGGACAUCGACCCCCGGGCGCUGCGCAGCAUCGCUGCCUACGUGGAGGCCACGGGGGUGCCCAACCUGCUGCCCCCCAUCCUGCUGGACGUGUCCCAGGGCUGGGAGACCUGGGGGGGCACCCAGCCCUCCACCCUGGACCUCGUGGUCAGCAUCAACAUGAUGCACAUCGCAGAGCUGCGCUGCACCGAGGGCCUGUUCAGGGGUGCUGGGGUGCUGCUGAAGCCCGGAGGUGUGCUCUUCACCUAUGGGCCCUACGCCGUGGACGGCCAGAUCAGCCCCCAGAGCAACGUGGACUUUGACCGCAGCCUGAGGCAGAGCAAUCCCGCCUGGGGGCUGCGGGACACGGCGCUGCUGCGGGAGCUGGCCGAGGCCAACGGGCUGAGCCUGGAGAGGAUGGUGGACAUGCCGGCCAACAACAAGAGCCUGAUCUUCCGCAAGCUGUAACCUGCCCUGACGGCACUUCCAGCGCCUCCCGGCACUGCUGUCCCCAUGAUGCCUCUUGCAGGCUGUCACUGUC